AUGAUCGACGACCCCCUCACCGAAGGCCCCGACCGGAACUCCAAGCUCUCCCACGCGCAGGGAAUUUACGCUCUCGCCUUGCAAGAGGAGUCCGGAUUCCUCAUGGCCAUGAAUCUUGUCUUCGUCUCCGGCGAUUUCAACGGCAGCUCGCUCGCCGUGCUUGGCCGGAACACCAUCCUCUCCGAUGUGAAGGAGAUGCCCAUCGUUGGUGGCAGCGGCAAGUUUUGCUUUGCGAGGGGAUACGCGCUCGCUACCGCUGUUGAGCUGGAUGCCGCCGCCGGAGGGAACUACAGUGAAGGUGGCUGUUGAGUGCGACGGGA